AUGUCGUCUCAUCUGAACUUAGUGAAGGAAUGCUGGGCUGAUAGGGAAAGCCUACUGAAAGAUAGGAGUCAGGUGGUCCUGGACGGAGACUCGCUAAGCCUGGGGGCUGUUGUUGCAGUUUCACGGAAUUCUACCAAAGCCCUGAUCAAGGAGUCCGAAGACCUGUACAAAAGAGUGCAGGAUAGCAUCAAAACAUUGACAAUCAGUCUUGGGAAAGGAGAACAAGUAUAUGGAGUCAAUACUGGUCCUGGUGGAAACGCUGCCACUAGAACCCGCCGUCUGGAGAUGCUUCAACACUCCUUUCUACAACACCACCAAUGCGGUAUUCUAACGGACCCAGCGCUAAAUGGCUCGGAAAAGCUCGUCUAUCAAAAAGACCUAAGUGACAGCUUACCAGUAGAGGUUGUUCGAGGAACAAUGCUCCUGCGUUGCAAUUCUCUUCUUCGAGGGCAUUCAGCAGUACGAGUUGAGGUGAUUGAAUUGUUACUUUGCGCGUUGAACAAUAACAUGACACCUGUCGUGCCCCUACGAGGGAGUAUCUCUGCUUCGGGAGAUCUAUCUCCCCUUUCCUAUCUCGGUGGCCUUAUUGAGGGGAAUCCGGAUAUAUUCGUGCAAGUCAAGGAAAAUGACAGGUAUCGCAUUCUAUCUGCAAAAGAGGCCUUGGAACAGAUGGACCAAGUCCCAAUGACACUGAACGCCAAAGAAGGCCUUGGAAUCAUGAAUGGUACAGCACCUAGCGCCGCAGCAGCCUCUUUGACUCUGUACGAUAGCCACAACCUGGCACUUCUGACUCAAGUUCUUACCGCCAUGGCAACUGAGGCACUCAUGGGCACCGUGGACAAUUACCAUGAUUUUAUCUCCCAAUGUCGACCGCAUCAGGGUCAGGCUGAGGUAGCUCGAAAUAUAAGGUCAUUUCUUUCAGGAUCGCGAUUAUCUCCCGAGUUGGAUGUCAACAAAGUGGGCCUCAUACAGGAUCGGUACGCUCUACGCACAGCACCUCAGUGGAUAGGGCCGCAGCUUGAAGACCUCUUGUCCGCGACCCGCCAGAUCGAAGUAGAGAUCAACUCGUCUACCGAUAACCCAUUGAUCGACAUAGCCGAAGGCCGUUUUCACCACGGAGGAAACUUCCAAGCUGCAUCUGUAACGUCUGCUAUGGAAAAGACUCGCACCGCAUUGGUGAUGCUGGGAAGGCUUUUGCUCGCACAAUGUGGAGAGCUUACGAAUCCGAUGAUAAGUAGAGGCUUGCCUCCGAAUCUCUGCGCAGACGACCCGAGCUUGUCGUUUGCCAUGAAGGGACUCGAUGUGCACAUGACGGCCUACUUCUCUGAGCUCGGCUUUCUUGCAAAUUCAGUCGCCAGCCACGUCCAGACAGCCGAGAUGAAUAAUCAAUCCGUCAAUUCCCUUGCCUUGAUAUCAUGCAGAUAUACAAGGCAGUCGGUAGAAAUACUGUCCAUGAUGUGCGCAGCGCACCUGUAUAUCCUGUGUCAGGCUUUGGACCUUCGGGCUUUGAUGGUAGAUUUUCUGCAAUCUACCCAGACACAAGCAAGACCGGUCUUCGAGGAGGAGUUUGGAGCCCCCAAAGGUUUUAAAAAGCCCAGCUUCGAGGAAGUAUGGAUGUCCGUCGAAAGCGCCUGGCUUGACACAAGCCAAUUGGAUCUCGUUCCACGGUGUGAGGAGGUAGCUUCGCGAUCCGUCGGCCACAUCGUGAACACCGAGUUGAAUGCCUCUGAUGCUCCUGAUCCGAGUGUAUUAAACUCAACCAAGGCAUGGAAGGCCAAACUCUCCUCCCUUCUCUACAGAACAUACUCAGAUACGCGGACAACCUUCUUCACCGACAAAUCAACGCCCCGUCUCCUUGGACAAGCAUCAAAAGCCAUUUACCUGUUUGUCCGUGAGGGACUUGGCGUCCCUUUUCAUCAAGGAGUGACUGACCAUCCUGUCCUGCCGAAUUACGCUGAUUGCCAAGAUGGGAAGAAGACAAUUGGGUCUUACGUUACGCGCAUCUAUGAGUCGAUUCGAGACGGUGAGAUAAUAGAUGCAUUGAAAUGUGUAGUGUGA